AUGGCUUCUCAAGAGACUCCCCAAGUCACCGAAAAGACGGCCCAAAACACUCCAGCUCCUGUUGCAGUGCCCGCCCCGACACAUGCUCUUCCUCAGGAGCUGGCUGCCGCUGGAUACCAGCCAUAUUACCAACCCUACCCAGGCCAGCAACCCGUGUUACCACUUCCAGAGGAGACGAGGACGGCGGCGUUUACGAGAGUGGGAUUCCAUGCUGCUGGCGUUCUUCUAGGCGCCAUCGGCUUGGGCCUUUCGUUGGCUUCCCUGCAGAAUGGCAACAUCAGCGCUGCUAUUGCUGCAGCCCCUUCUGCCGGUAUUGCCAUGCUAUGGAGCCUUGCAGAAGUGAUUACGAGGGCUGUUCGGAAAUUCAAAAAGGGUAUUCACCCUGGUGCUCACGUUGGCGUGUGCCUCAUCAUCUGGAUGCUUUCCAGCAUCAUGGGCGGCAUUCUCAGCACAUACGUCGCCCUGAACCCCUACCGGGAUGAGGAAGAAGACUGCGGCACUUAUACCUAUUCAGACAGCAACGGGAACCUGCACAGAGUGAGUGGCAGUUGUGAUCCAUACAGAGAUACCUAUCCCCGUGGCAAGGUCCUCGGCGCUGCCGUCAUCACUUGCCUCAUCUUUGGGCUGUACUUUGGCUUCUUCAUCGACGCCUGCAUCAACACCCACCGACGCAACGUCGCCGCCAGACGCCCCAUCAUGAUGAUUGCACAGCCGCAAAACUGGCCUGCCGCCACUCAGGGAUGGCAACCGAUGCAGAACGAUGCUUCUACCGAGGCCGUCCAGAUGCAGCCUCCUGCCGCUACUCAGGGGCCGCCCGCGAUCAGGGAGUUUUACGCUCCGGCUUGA